AUCUCAUACUACUAUAGUAUGUCGGCUCAUGGAAAGCGUUCCUCAGUAUGGGCUAAAUAGGGAAAUCUACCUCCGGCGCCGAGCCUCUUGUUUGACGGCCAGACUCUUUCACUAUGAGGCCCAUGACUCUUCAGGGUGGGCUCGUCUAUUUUUUCCUCGUCUCUCUUCGUACCCCCCAUCCAUCUCGGAAAAAGUUUCAGGGCAAUUUCCACCACGCAUGCCAUGGCCAACUUGGUGACCCAGAUACGAUGAACCCACAAGUCAGAAUUGAUUCAUCGCCUCUGGCUCGAGUCGGGACCCCUCCCAUCCAGGGACCUAACUCUGUGGAAAGCGGGGCUGCAAGUACCCAUCGGAGACCAAAGUGUGCCAUAUCUGAGUGAAUCGUGGAACCAUCGGCUUCGGACUUAAGGGGUAUGGCUCUGAAAGAGGCGUGAAACGAUAGGCUAUCAAGCUUUUUUCACGAGCUCUGGGGAGCAGGCACCCCGGGCAGCUAAUAUAAACACACAGGCAGGAUGUGAUUGUGCCCGCAGAAC